AUGGUCCAAACUGAGAUGCUAUCACAGUUAGCUGAUGCUAAGGUUGCAGGAUUGAUUGACCAAACAACUGGAACAUGGGAUCCUCACAUUCUAACAGAUAUUUUUCACCCGAAUGGUAUACCUAGAAUUUUAAAGAUCCCUAUCUCCCCAGAAUAUGAGGAUACAUGGUAUUGGUAUGGAGAUCCAAAUGGAUGCUACUCGGUCAAGAAUGGGUAUAGACUUAUGGUGGGCACCUAUAGUACUAGCACGGGUUUUGAUAAAUGGAACACACUAUGGCAACUUAAAAUCCCAUCAAAGUGGAAAAUGUUCCUAUGGAGAGCUAUGAGCAAUAUCUUGCCCACUACUACUAACUUGCUUAUAAAGAGGGUGGAAAUUGAUCCGACAUGUUCCAUGUGUGGUUUAAUGCAUGAAGAUACAAUGCACUCAUUAGUAUUGUGUGACUAUGCAAAAGCCAUAUGGAGCCAAUCUAUCCUUCCAAUCCCCCAAAUUGUGACAAAUGUUUUUUAUGAAUGGUUUGGAACAUUACUAAAUGUUCUAGAUUCUGAUGCAAUAUUGUUUGCAGCUGCGAUAUUAUACAAUAUCUGGAGGGCCCGAAACGAAGCAGUUUGGAAUUCAUACCUACCAAUGCCAAAGAAGAUUGUGACUACAGCUAUAACCACCAUGAAGGCUUGGCAGCGGGUGCACGCUACUGCCGAAGUGGACCAGCCUACAGCCGGCAUGCAUGGCCAGCAAGUCCCGCCGACGCCACUGCCGGUGCCUCCCAAUUCUGCCACGAUGGUGUUGCAUCCAUCCGUUACGGAGCAGCCACAGCUCCCGGAGUCCGGCGUGGCAGUGUUGCAUCCACCCGCUACGGUACAACUGCCACCCCCAGGCGCCAGAAAUCAGUCACCCCAACCGAGACGAUGUUUUAUCGAUGUUGGCUACCAUCCGUCGUCCAUGACGGCCACUGCUGGAGCAGUAUUGUUCACCCACGCCGGCGACUAUAUAUGA